AUGAGCGGAUUUGGCUUUACUACCAAAGGCCACGACGUCAUCACCGCCUUCGAAAAUCAGGUGGUGGGAAAGACAUUUGCGAUUACUGGGCCUAGCGAGGGGGGAAUUGGCAGCCAAAUUGCCAUUGAUCUCGCGAGGGCUUCCCUAUCUCGCCUGAUACUUUUUGGUCGGUCAGUCGGGCGUGCGCAAAGUGUCAUCGACGCCAUCAAUUCCUCAUCCCAAACGCCGGUGAAAAUCUCGUUUGUUGAGGUGAUGCUGGACUCUCUUGCCAGUGUUCAGAAGCUGCACGAGAAGUCAUUUCGAACCCGGAAAUUAAAUCUAUAG